AUGGACGAAAAAGCAAAGGAAAUUAGAUGCGAUGCCCUUAUAAUAGAUCUCGAGUACAGAUACGAAAAGCUUGCCGCCACAGAAGAAGGCUCUAAGAUCUCGGACAUGGAUACGUGCACAUUCUCAAGACAUUUUCAUGUGGCCGCUGAUGGAGGGUCGACUGGUGGUGAGAGUUACAAAGACUUGCACGGCCGAAGCAGGAGGCGCAGCAAUUAG